AUGACAACAAUCACCCUUAAACAACCUAACAUUCCGGUGAAGCUACCAGAGGGGCUUUCAGAAGAGAAGCUCUUAGCAUUCUCUCCUUUCAACAAUUGGGUCAAAACACUCACCAACUCCCUCUCUCUUCAACGCACCAAUACUUCGCAUCCUUUUCACACGGAUCCAUAUGCGCUGCGCUCCGUCACAAUCCAGAGCUUCGACCUUUUCGGCCGGGCUCCGAACCAGCGUCUCGGAUUCCUCAAACUCACCGCCGAGGUAUCCAACGAUGCCGGUGAGACCCUUCCCGGUAGCAUCUUUCUACGCGGGCCUAGCGUCGCCAUGCUCGUAAUCCUCGUGCCAGAUGACGUACAGAACGAAAGCAAUUCAGAUUACGGCGAGCGCUACGUCGUACUCACCGUACAACCCCGCAUCCCAGCCGGUAGUCUAGAAUUCGUGGAACUACCUGCAGGCAUGGUCGACGAAGGCGGUACAUUUGCUGGUACAGCCGCGCAGGAGAUUCGCGAAGAACUCGGGUUAGAAAUCCCGGCUUCGGAGCUACGUUGUUUGAGCGAUAUGGCUAUUACGGAAGAAAGUGGAGUGAAAGGAGAGGAGGGUUUGCCGUUUGCGAUGUAUCCCUCGGCUGGUGGAUGCGAUGAACAUAUCCCGAUUUACAUGCACGAGCGAAGAGUACCGCGAGAUACCUUGAAGGAGUGGACGGGCAAAUUGACGGGGCUAAGGGAUCAUGGUGAGAAAAUUACGUUGAAGUUGGUGCCGAUGAAGGAUUUAUGGAGGGAAGGGGCGCGGGAUGCGAAGUGCCUAGCUGCACUAGCGUUAUGGGAGGGAUUACGGCGGGAGAGUAAAUUGUAA